CGGUCUUGACCCUAGAUGACGUUAAUUUGCCCCGGUGGAGAUAAAUCCGAAACGUUGUUCGGGGCGGGGGGGAGAGGACGUGAAAGAAAGUGGAAGAAGAAGAAGAAGAAAAAAAAAUCGGAUAGUUCAGAAAAUUUAAAACCGCCGACGUUCGCGCAACACACGAAUCGUUCGGGACAGAAAAAGAAAAUAUAUAAAAUGUUGAGUUCCGUCUUCCUCAGGAGGAUCGGGCAGAUGAGGAUAGCCGCGAGGCGUUCCUCCGUCCUGUCCACCGGUAACUCGAACGACUUCUUCAGGAGGCACAUAGCUCCGAGUGACGACGAGCAGAGAGCCAUGCUCGACCUGAUCGGCUGCGAGUCACUGGAUUCAUUGAGCGACUUGGCAGUUCCUGAGAAAAUAAGGCUAAAGAAGGAAUUACAGCUCGGCGAGCCAGUCAGUGAGUUCCAACUGCUUAAUAGGAUAAGGGAGAUCGCGUCACAGAACAAGCUUUACAGGUCGUACAUUGGCAUGGGCUACUACAACACCUGCGUACCGCACACGAUCAUGAGGAACAUAUUUGAAAACCCUGGAUGGACAACGCAGUACACGCCCUACCAGCCGGAAAUAGCCCAGGGUAGGCUGGAAAGCCUUCUCAACUUUCAGACGAUGAUUACCGACCUGACAGGGCUCCACGUCGCAAACGCCUCUCUGCUCGACGAGAGCACCGCUGCGGCCGAAGGGCUCAGCCUCUGCCACCGGUACAACAAGAGGAAGCUGUUCUACGUCUCGGACAAGAUACACCCCCAGACGCUGUCUGUCGUGACGACCCGCUGCGACGCCCUCGGCCUCAAGGUAGUCGUCGGCAACGUAGAAACUAUGGACAUGACGAACAAAGACCUGUCCGGUAUCCUCCUCCAGUACCCGGACACGGAGGGAAACGUCUACGACCACACCGAUGUGAUAUCCAAAGCCCACGAGAACGGGAGUCUGGUCGUUGUCUGUACGGACCUGCUGUGUCUCCUCCUCCAAAUGGCACCGGCCGAGAUGGGCGCGGACAUAGCGUGCGGUUCAACGCAGCGUUUCGGCCUUCCGCUCGGCUAUGGCGGCCCUCAUGCCGCCUUCUUCGCCUGCAAGGAGUCGCUCGUCCGUCUAAUGCCUGGCCGGAUGAUCGGAGUGACGAGGGACGCCGACGGGCAAACGGCGUUCCGCCUCGCGCUGCAGACGAGGGAGCAGCACAUCAGGCGUGACAAGGCGACGAGCAACAUUUGCACAGCGCAGGCACUACUCGCGAACAUGUCGGCGAUGUACGCAGUCUACCACGGGCCCAAAGGGCUCAGGGAGAUCGCGACGAGGGUGCAUAAGGCUACUCUACUCAUGAACGCGGGUCUGAGGAGGUCAGGGAACACAGUGCACAACAAGCAGUUCUUCGACACUCUCAAGGUGACGACGAACCAGCCUCUGGACGUGGUCAAAAAGAGGUGCGAGGAGAAAAAAAUCAACAUCAGGUUUUUCCCAGAUGGAGACGUCGGAGUUUCGUUGGACGAAACGGUCAGCGAUUCGGACCUCAAAGACCUUCUCUGGGUGUUCGGAUGCGAAACACCAUUAGAAGAACUGGAAAAGGACACCUCCAUGAACGAGUUCAACGUCGAGAACACAAAACUGAAGAGGACCUCUACGUACCUGACUCACCCGGUUUUCAACAGCCACCACGCCGAAACGAGGAUGGUGCGUUACAUGAAGACGUUAGAGAACAAGGACAUCUCCCUCGUACAUUCAAUGAUACCGCUCGGUUCUUGCACAAUGAAGCUGAACUCGACGACUGAGAUGAUGCCCUGUUCGUUGAGGGAGUUUAACGAGCUGCACCCCUUCGUUCCAAUGGACCAGGCCAAAGGAUACGAAGUCCUCUUGGAAGAGUUGCACAAGGACCUUUGCGAAAUCACAGGCUACGACAAGAUCUCGUUCCAGCCGAACAGCGGCGCCCAGGGCGAAUACGCCGGUCUCAGGGUGAUCCAGAGCUACCACGCCUACCUCGGCGAGGGACAUAGGAAUGUCUGUCUCAUCCCAGUCUCGGCCCAUGGCACCAACCCGGCAUCGGCCCAGAUGUGUGGACUUGAGGUCGUACCAGUCAAAGUCAACCCGGACGCGACAAUAGAUAUGGACCUUCUCAAAGAACAGGUGGAGCAACAUGCCCAGAACCUUUCCUGCCUGAUGAUCACGUAUCCUUCGACUUUCGGCGUUUUCGAAGAGACGAUAGCCGACAUAUGCGAUCUGAUUCACAAGCACGGGGGCCAGGUCUACCUGGACGGUGCGAACAUGAACGCCCAAGUAGGGCUCUGCGCCCCAGGGCUCUACGGUUCGGACGUCUCCCAUCUGAACCUGCACAAGACCUUCUGCAUACCACACGGGGGCGGCGGUCCAGGGAUGGGGCCGAUCGGAGUGAAAGAACACCUGGCACCUUUCCUGCCGAACCAUCCGGUCAUAUUUACGGGGGGCUACAACGACAAGAGUUUCGGUGCGGUGAGCGCUGGACCUUUCGGUUCCACGGCCAUCCUUCCCAUAUCCUGGGCCUACAUCAAGAUGAUGGGGGCGAAGGGUCUGAGGAAGGCGUCUCAGGUGGCGAUACUCAACGCCAAUUACAUGUCGAAGAAGCUCGAACCUUACUACCCGACCCUGUUCAGAGGGAAGAACGGCCUCGUCGCCCACGAGUUCAUCCUCGACAUAAGACCUUUCAAAAAAACGGCCGGCAUCGAAGCUGGAGACAUUGCAAAACGUCUCAUGGACUUCGGAUUCCACGCGCCGACGAUGUCUUGGCCCGUCGCCGGUACUCUUAUGAUCGAACCGACCGAAUCUGAGAGCAAAGAGGAGCUUGAUCGCUUCUGCGAAGCACUAAUAUGUAUACGAGACGAGAUUGCCGAGAUCGAAAAGGGAAAAAUGGACAAGAGGGUGAACCCGCUUAAAUGCUCUCCACACACCCAGGAGAACGUCCUGUCGGACAAUUGGGACCGCCCGUAUACGAGGGAGCAGGCGGCUUUCCCGGCGCCAUUCGUGAAAGGUGACUCGAAAAUAUGGCCGACAGUCGGGAGGAUCGACGACAUCUACGGAGAUAAACAUCUCGUCUGCACAUGUCCACCCAUACUGCCAGAUUUUUAAUCGAUUCCGCAAUAAAUAAGAGAUAAAUGAAAUUUAAAUAAAUUUAUGUACAAGGGGAGGGGGGAAAGGAAAAUCCCGGUUAAACAAUUCUCCCUCCUCGAAACAAAA